AUCGGUUUGCAGUAUUAGCAAACAAUAAUCUCCAAAUUCUUCACAUCAAUAAAAGUGAUGAAGGAGUAUACAGAUGUGAAGGAAGAGUGGAAGCCAGAGGAGAAAUUGACUUUCGGGACAUAAUUGUUAUUGUGAAUGUUCCCCCUGCAAUUACUCUGCUACAGAAAUCCUUUAAUGCCACUGCAGAUCGAGGAGAGGCAAUAACUUUGUUCUGCAGAGCCACUGGAUCACCUCCUCCUGAAAUCAGUUGGUAUAGGAACGGUAAACUUAUUGAAGAAAAUGAAAAAUAUAUGCUGAGAGGAAGCAAUACAGAACUAACGAUAAGAGAUAUAAAAAAUAUUGAUGCGGGUCCUUAUAUCUGUAAUGCUAAAAACAAAGCAGGAAAUGAUAAAACACAGAUAUUCCUUCAAGUUUUUGUACAGCCUCAAAUAAUACAACUUAAAAAUGAAACCACAUUUGAGAAUGGGAAAGCCACCCUCAUCUGUGAAGCAGAAGGAGAACCUAUCCCAGAGAUUACUUGGAAAAGGGCCAUCGAUGGAAUAACUUUCUCUGAAGGUGACAAGAGCCCAGAUGGCCGUAUAGAAGUCAAAGGGCAGCAUGGAAAAUCGUCACUCCAUAUUAAAGAUGUGAAGUUGUCAGAUUCAGGGAGAUAUGACUGUGAAGCUGCAAGUAGAAUUGGUGGGCACCAAAAGAGCAUGUACCUUGAUAUUGAAUAUGCUCCAACAUUUGUGUCGAAUCAAACCAUGUAUUACUCUUGGGAAGGCAAUCCCAUCAAUAUAAGCUGUGAAGUGCUAGCAAAUCCAUCUGCUUCAGUUCAGUGGAGAAGAGGAAAAUCAGUUUUACCGGUAAAAAAUACAACACAUCUGAAGACCUACAGUACAGGAAGAAAGCUGAUUCUAGAGAUUGCUCCCACAUCUGACAGUGAUUUUGGACGGUAUAAUUGUACAGCCACAAACAGAAUAGGAACAAGAUAUCAGGAGUAUACACUUGGUCAAGCUGAUGUGCCAUCAAAUCCUUAUGGAGUACGGGUUUUAGAGUUGUCACAAACCACUGCCAAAGUUUCGUUCAAUAAGCCAGAUUCACAUGGAGGUGUGCCCAUUCAUCAUUACCAAGUGGAUGUAAAAGAGAUAGCCUCAGAAACCUGGAAAAUAGUUCGCUCCCAUGGAAUUCAAACAAUGGUUGUUCUCAGCAAUUUGGAACCAAAUACAACAUAUGAAAUCAAAGUGGCUGCUGUAAAUGGAAAAGGGCAAGGAGAGUAUAGCAAAAUCGAGAUCUUUCAGACCUUACCUGUCCGGGAGCCAAGCCCCCCUUCAAUCCAUGGACAACCAGGAAGUGGCAAGAGUUUUAAACUUAGCAUAACUAAACAAGAUGAUGGAGGUGCCCCCAUUUUGGAAUAUAUUGUCAAAUACAGAAGU